UGUUCUCCUUCUUGACAAAUGGCGGCAAGCCCCCUGUGCAUAAGAAUGACGGCCUGUUCGAAUGAACUCAUGUCCUUUGAAGACGACCAUUUGAAACGAUUCAACAGCCAAGACGCAUGCAAGGGAUGAUUAUGGAGGCCAUAUUGGCUGUUGUGGAGAUCUAGAUAAGGCCUUCACCUCUCACGGCGGUCUAGCUCAGAGGUGAUUGUGAAUUUAGCGGUAGCAUUCAACAGCGUCACACGUCAACUGCCGUUCAUUCACCAGCUUGAUGUUGGUAUAUUUGUUCCGCUGGCUUCACAACUAACACGAUGGAUACAUAGUUGAUGCAAAGCGUAAUGUACCCUGGUUAAGUGGUAAAAUGAGUGCACUUUUGCCACAUGUACAAUAUUUUGAAAAUGCUCUCCAAAUUGAGCAGUUUCUAAGUCAUACUGAACAGGUGUUUAAAGAGUCAAUAUCCGAUUUAAGUGAUGAUGAUCCAGAGACUGAUGAUGAGGAUAAUGAUGAUAUCAAAUUUGAAAAAGAAUCCAAGACUGAAAAUGGAUUUAAAUCUGCAAAAUACAGAGACAGCUUUGGAAGUGAAGAGUGGAGAGCUGAGAAAAGUAAGAUGUACAAUUUUGGAAUUGUUUCAGAUGACAGAAAAUGGAUCAAGGAAAUUCUUCUAAGUGACAAUUCAGAUGAUUCGGAUGCAGAUGUAGUUACAGAGGAUGAUGUGAAAGAGAUGCUUAAAGACCAUGUCAGGAGAAAGAGGAUUCACCAGAAAUUCGUUCGUUUGUCAGAAGAGAUACAAGAUGAAUAUCAUUACUAUGGCUCAAGUUUAGUAUUAGACCGAGAUAGGUUUGGUGAAAUUCAAAGGAGAAAGAAAAAAGAUUUGAAAAGCAACAGGAAAAAGAUUGCUCCAGAUAUGUCAAUGUUAAAGAGAAAGCGGCUUGUUGAGGUUGACGAAAGAAGAAGGAGAUUAAUGGAAGAGAAAAUUGAAAAGAAAAAAAUGCAAUUGCUAAAAGAAAGUGACAACAAAAGAAAGAAGCUUUGGGUGUUGAUAGCAAGAAAGGAAAUCCCAAAGGCAUACAAGCAACGAAACACAAGCCGCAUCAACUCACAGGCAUCCAUUCGUAAAAUUGCUCAAAACUGUCAGAAAGAAAUAAAAAAAAGUGCUUUGAAAUCACAGAAAACCUCACGCGACUUUUCUUCCCGUGCCAAACGAAUGGUGAGAGAGAUGCUUGUGUACUGGAAAAGGUUUGAUAAAGUUGAAAAAGAACAUCGGAAAAAAGCAGAAAAGGAAGCCCUGGAACAAAGGCGACAAGAUGAAGAAAUGAGAGAGAUGAGGCGGCAACAAAGGAAGCUAAACUUUCUCAUCACCCAAACGGAGCUCUACGCUCAUUUUAUGAGUAGGAAAAUGCGCGGGAAAGCUGGGAUGCAGGAUUCAAGCCAAGAUGACAUUUUGAAAAAGUUAGACGAAAUUCCACUGCAAAUGAAUGCGAAAAGUGUGCAUGGGGGUGUGUUGGUCAGCACGGACGACAUAGAUGAUUACGAUCCGGAUGCGAUGAAAGCGCAGGCAUUGAUAAAUGCACAAAAUGCUGUUAGGCUUCAAGAAGAACAGACAAGUACAUUUGGAAUCGGAACAAAGAAAACGGAACUUUCCCAAGAGAACUUUGAUCAAGAUUUUAGUCUUGCUAACCCUACCAUGGGUGCAAAGGAAGUUCCACAGCCCAAACUUUUUUCUGGAAAGCUCAAGACCUACCAACUGAAAGGAAUGAAUUGGUUGGCAAAUUUGUACGAGCAGGGAAUAAAUGGAAUUCUUGCCGACGAAAUGGGUCUUGGUAAAACAGUUCAAAGCAUAGCCUUUCUUUCAUACCUUGCAGAGGCUGAUGAUAUCUGGGGCCCCUUUCUCGUUGUUGCACCGGCGUCGACACUUCAUAACUGGCAGCAAGAAGUUUCUCGAUUCGUUCCAGAAUUCAAGGUUUUACCAUACUGGGGAAAUCCAAGUGACAGGAAAAGUCUGAGAAAAUUUUGGAACCAGAACCAGACUUUCAUUAAUACAAAGGAAAAUGCACCUUUUCACGUGUUGAUAACAAGUUAUCAGCUGGUGGUUCAAGAUGUAAGGUACUUCCAGCGUAUAAGGUGGCAGUAUUUAGUUCUAGAUGAAGCCCAAGCGAUCAAAAGCAGUUCAAGCGUUCGAUGGAAAAUUCUUCUUGGAUUUAACUGUAGAAAUAGGCUGCUGCUAACGGGAACUCCUAUUCAAAAUACAAUGGCUGAGCUUUGGGCUCUUCUGCAUUUCAUUAUGCCUACACUGUUUGAUGACCACGAGGAAUUCAACGAAUGGUUCUCCAAAGACAUAGAAAGUCAUGCUGAAAAUAGAUCUCACAUUGAUAAAAAUCAGUUGUCAAGGCUGCACAUGAUUCUGAAACCAUUUAUGUUGCGAAGAAUAAAAAAAGAUGUGGAAAAUGAAUUGUCAGAUAAGAUUGAAAUUAAAAUAGAAUGUGAAAUGUCUCCGCGGCAAAGAUUACUGUAUCAAGCGGUAAAGAACAAGAUUUCCAUCGAAGAUCUUGUGUCACAAUCAUCAUCUUCGUCAUCAACCAAUCAAUUUGCAAACACAUUGAUGAACCUGGUCAUGCAGUUCAGGAAGGUUUGUAAUCACCCAGAAAUUUUUGAAAGAAGAGACAUCAGGUCACCUCUUUGCUUCAAGUUUUCCCAGUUCCAACUGCCUCGGUUACUGCAUCAUAGCGGAUUCAUUGAUCGCUUGGAUGUUCCCAAGAGCAGGUCAUAUGUUUUUGAUGGCAGUAUUUGGAGUCCCGGAUAUAUCUCAAGCACUUUUCAGACUAAUGACAAUGGAAUCUGUUCUAGCUGUUUUUCUGUCACGAGGUUCAUUAAUCUCAGUCCAGCGGAAGUUAACAAAAUAUUCAGAAGUUUUGCUUUUCGGCUAAGCACAGUCUUCUCAUCGAUGGAGGAUGCCAUGAAAAUUCGUCACUGGCGGCUUUGGUCUUUACAGCAUACUGCCAAGAGCUGUUCAAGAGAUUUGCUUGUGUGUUCUGAACUGCCAACUAAUUCCUUGUCAAGAAGCUUUCCUGAUGUCAUGAACAAACUGGUUUUUACUUCGAACAUUUCAACGUUUGCUGCUCAUUUAACACAGCGAAUUUCACGCAUCCCAGAGCUUGUCGAGAGAAGAAAAGCACAGUUGCUUGAGCUUAAGACAGCGAAAAGAUCAUCCACAAAAUCUACGCCAACUUCACCAAGAAAGUCACCUAAAAAAUGUUUGCACAAGUCAAAUGAACAUUUUAUGCACGAGGACUCUCUUUCACUGCAAAGAUUGUCUAAGGAUUCCGUUGUGACAGAGGAAAGAUUUACUGUACCAACUUGUUACCCAUCGUUUCUUUUUGCCUUUGAGGAAACGGUAAUAUCGCCGACUCAGCAAUACUAUAUCGCCGAUCGAGAUGCAGCAUACAAGUCGUACGACAUGCAGUUUGGAGGAGCAGACCUUCGUUGUGUCAUUUCUUAUGGUUCAUUGGCAGAUAAUGUAAGGCACCAAAGAAACGCAGUGUUUUUUCCACCUGAAUUGGCAGGCCUUGAAGCAGCUAAACCAUUGGAUGGGUGGUCGCAUGUUAGGUGUCCAGAUCGCAAUGCUUUGAUAAGUGACAGUGGAAAAUUGAAGGUUUUAGAUGGCCUUUUGAAAAAGCUCAAGGAUGAAGGACAUAGGGUUCUUAUAUAUUCCCAGAUGACAAAAAUGAUCGAUAUUUUAGAGAUCUUCAUGAAUUUCAAAAAGUAUAAAUACAUGAGACUGGACGGCUCUUCGAAGAUUUCAGAUCGUCGAGAUAUGGUUGCGGAAUUUCAAACAAAGUCGGAUAUUUUCGUAUUUUUGCUCAGCACUAGAGCUGGAGGACUUGGCAUCAAUUUGACUGCUGCAGAUACUGUCAUUUUUUAUGACAGUGAUUGGAAUCCCACGGUGGACCAGCAAGCAAUGGACAGGGCUCACCGACUGGGACAAACUAAACAAGUGACGGUAUACCGGCUCGUGACAAGAGGCUCGAUCGAAGAAAGAAUUUUGCAAAGAGCCAAAGAGAAGAGUGAGAUACAAAAGAUUGUAAUUUCUGGUGGCCACUUUCGUCCUGAUGCCCUGAAGCCAAAAGAAGUUGUUUCGCUGCUGUUAGAUGACGCAGAAAUGCAAGAUAAAUUUUUGCAACGUGAGGCAGAAAGGAAAGCAAGCGAGGAACAGACUAGAAAAGGCGGGAGGAAACGAAAACUGCCAAAUGGAACAAAUCAGAACUCGCCAAACAUGACAAGCAAGAAGCAAAAAGGAAACCAGUUUUCAACACGUGCGUCGCCAAUUGGAAAUGAUGUAAUCUCUUUUGCAGCAGAGUCGAUCGAUGGUGAUAAUUCACUUGUUAUUGAUGACUCUGCCAGUAUUUGCAGCACAGAUGCAGCUUCAUUUUUUCUGAAUGAAGACAUGACUGGAUCUCUAAGUGGAAUAGGUGGCACGAGACCACCAUCAGCCAUUGGACACGGGACAGAGUCGCCAACCUCAUUUUCAAGUGAAAAACCGGUUGGGAGAGGAAAAAGAGGCCGUGGAUCAGCAAGGGGCGCUUCGCCAAAGCCCCGUGGCCCUAAGCCAGGCUCGACGCGUGGACGUGGCUCUAAGUCAAAAGGGAGCUCCCUGGCUGCCGCCGCCGCUGCUGCUGCCGCCGCCGCUGGUGCAGCUGCCGCUUAUGCAGCACAUGGUUACAGCUUCCAAGCCACUGGACAAUCGUUUGGUGCCAACUCAACAUCUAGUAAAUAAUUCGCUUUUCCAACUAUGUAAUGACUGCCUUCCCUUUAAGGCGGACUGUAAUUUGUAUUUACUGAAACAUGCCGAAGCAAAACUUUUUUACAGCAAGUCUGUUGAGAGGGAUAUGAUGUCUGAAGACGCAAUAACCCUGUGCCUCAGUUAUAUAACCUUGUUUUCUGCAAUGUAUUACCAUCUUCGCAUAAAAAUGCCUUCGAUACAAGUUUGGCGUUGCACCAAGAAACCGUUGUUGUGAUUGACAGCUAUCGGUCACUAAAUCUGCUCAUAAAAGUAGACAAUAUGAUGCUUUUUAGUGUAGAACUGAAUUUUACUUUCAUGUUUAAAUAAAUUUAAUUUCAUUAAGAGGAUCGACGUGCAAUGCGCCAAUAUGCAGUGCGCUUGUGUGUUAUGCUCCAAUCGCGAUGCAUGGUUUUGGCUGAGGAAGAAUGGCAGGGCUUAUUCCUCAUUCCUUUCCCUAACUUGCUGUUUCGCCCUUAUUAUUUCUACUUUUAAACCGCGUCAGCUUUUGAAGAUAUUGCUGAUUAUGUUAAUGGAAAUCGGCUUAUAAAUUCAUCGAGGAUUGCUUUGUAAUCAAUUGAGAAAUGAUACGUUUUGUAUAUUUAUAUUUUUAGAGAAUAAUUCAUAACUGCAUUUUUCUGAGAAGCAACAACGAUAAAAGUUUUUUA